GUUUACCGGUGUUCACAUUGUCGUCAACAAAGCCUUAACUGAAGGAUCACAACAUGACAGGGCGUCUUCCAACUUCAUCGGAGAAAGCGUGGCGGGAUGACCCCAGCGACGAGCCGCCGGCAUACAAAUCAAGCAAGUUUCAGUCGAACAAAGCUAGAGACGAUCUCCCAUCGUACCAGGAAGUUGUUGGGGAUGAUCGGGACGAAAGGAGUUAUAAGAAUGAUAAGAAACCUACAAGUGCCAAAUCGAAGAAUAACCAAGACCUUCCGCCUUGUAGCCACUGGUCGGAAAGCGGGUGUAAUAUGACUGCCAACUCUAGACAAUGCUGCUCUUGUGUCGACGACCGGCCUAAAACGGAGUCCGGACUCUAUCCGAUGUACGUGGAUCACGAAGGCUGGGUUGAAAAGGCUACUAGGUGGAAGUAUUACUGCCCGAGCUGUCAAGAAUAUUUCGACCCGGAUGCUAAAGCAAGAAGUUUGAGAGACCAGUGUGCUUGGGCGGAGAAACGCGCACAGUCUUUGGCUGAUGAGCGGGACCGACGAUAUUUCGGUCUCGGGCGCUGGAUACAUGUCUGCAGCGAGUCGAUAAAAAGCUGCUUGCCAGAGUAGUCGAUCGUAAUACCCUGGUGGUCGAGAAUGCCCGAUUGGAGAAGCACUUCCCA